UCGAGAGGGAGGGAGGGAGAGUCAGAGUCAGAGCCAGAGAGAGGAGAGAAGGAGAGAGGAAGGGGGGAGAGUCAGAGAGAGGAGAGAGAGAACUUUGUGUUCCUCCUCUCUCUCUGUGUGUGUUGUUAUUUUGCGUGGAGCCAUGGAGCUGUCAUCCAUCGGAGAGCAGGUGUUCGCGGUGGAGUCCAUCACGAAGAAGAGGAUGAGGAAGGGUAAUGUGGAGUAUCUACUGAAAUGGCAGGGAUGGCCCCCGAAGUACAGCACUUGGGAACCGGAGGAAAAUAUUUUGGAUCCUCGCCUGGUCCUGGCCUACGAGGAGAAUCAGGAGAAGGUUCGAGCUCUGGCCUAUCGCAGGAAAGGUCUUAGACCCAGAAGACUCCUGCUGAGGAACUCAAUGCUGCUGUUCACAGCUGCAAACAAACACAGGAGUGACUCCUCUGUCACCUUUGCCCUGACCCAGAACAUUUUUGCCAUGGACCUGCGGAGCGCCCACAAGGUGGCAGUGAAGCCGCCCCCCCGCCUGCGUCUCUCCCUCACCCGCGCCAUGAGCACGGACGUGGACACGGGCGAGUGCAGCAAAAUGUACCGCCACCCGCUAAGGAGGCGGAGCAAGCAGAGGCUGGCUAAGCGGGGGCCGGACUUGCCCUCGAACGAACCCCUCCAACUGCUGAGCAAGAAGGAGGAGCCUAUGCAGGAGGACUGGAGCGGCACCAGCGAAGAAGAGAAGCAGGAGGAGUCUGAAAGCCCCUCAGAGGAGCAGCAGGAAGACAGCUUAUAUGGUGUGUCGGAGUGCAGCUCCCCCCCGCUGCUGCAGCGACAGGACUUGAUGGACGUGGAGGAGAAGGUGUACACCGACCUGACCAUGGCCGACUCGGAUGCAUGGACUGACGGACCAGAUGCAUGUGAAACUAAAGAGGACCAAACGUCAACGUGCAGCCAAUCCAAGGAUAGUGUCUCGGGGAUGGUGGCCCGACCAGAAGAUGCAGUAACCGUGGGCGACAGGUCAGAUUGGGAGGAUGAGGUGGAGGUGGAGUCAGGGUCGGAAUGUCUCAUAUUAGAGGGGAAAGACACGGUCUCAGUGAUAGUGAGCGUUCAGGAGACCGGCAUGAUGGCGUGCGCCGCACCCCCCGACGCCGCCUACUCCACUCCUGAGGCGAGGACCGAGGAGGUGGGCGGCGACAAACAGAGCGUUACCACGACGACCACAGAGAGGUCCGGGAGUGUGAUUGUGACAAACGUGACUAUCAACGCGCUGACGGUGACUUUUAAAGAAGCGACGGUGGCCGAAGGCUUCUUUAAGAGCAGCUGAACCCAGAGAUCCCAACCCACCACGAUCAGAGUUACCACUCAUUUUCUACGUGUAAAUAGUCGUGUAUGUAAAAAUGAUUUCCACGUUUACAGAACUACACUCAUUUCCUACUGAGUACCAUGAAGACAUUUUUUCCCUUUGAAGAAAAGGAGUGAGCGGUGAUUUUCAUCAGUGCUGCUCAUUAAUCAGACAAGAGGUCCCCCAAAAAUCAUCUGUUGCAAUAAAUCGAUCACAAUGGUUUCCAUUCCCGGGGCCGCUGGGUUUACAGAGCGCGGCGAGGCGGCGGCCCGACAAACGUUCCAGUCCACUCACUUCCACGCAGCUACUUUUUCUAGUCGCCCUCAGUAAUUUCCAGGCAGACUCACAGCUGCUCCCGGGGCCUGUUUCAGUCGCUCCUCUUUCUUACGGAAAAACGUUUUUGUAAAGACACUGCUCUUGUUUUCUUCUUUGUUGUUUUCAGUUUGCACACAGAGCUGAACCGCAUGACCCGCCAGUCUGUGCCACGCGUGCACAAAGCACUGUCCUGUGUUUUAUUGAAGAGGUUUAUUUCUGUCACAAAAGACAUGAAACACAGAGAUAGAAUUAAUGCCUCCUGCUUAGAUGAAGUUCUGCAUUUCAAGUGAGGUGGAGAAGAAGAAAAAAAGAAGAA